CUGACCGCUCACUAGUCUGCACUUCAUCCAUCCCAUUCGCUCAUUUCAACACGCUUUGAGAGCGUCAUGGCAGCUAAAGGAGCAGCUGUCGCGGUCGAUUUCGCGCGUGUUUAUUCAAAACUUGGUCUCGGGAAGGAGACCAUUGCUGCCCUCAAUGCUUUCCGAAAGCGGCACAACGAUGCCCAACGAAUAAGCAGUACGCUGAAGUCGCAGUCCACUGAAGUCGACUUUGCACAUUAUCGUUCCGUGCUGAAGAAUAAGGCCAUCGUAGAUGAAGCUGAGAAGAUUUUCAAAGACUUCAAGCCGGUGACAUAUGAUGUCGGCUCACACGUGAAGGCGAUUGAGGCAUUUGAGGCAAAGGCGGUGGAGAACGCCAAAGAGACUGAGGUGAAGAUUGAAGAGGAGCUGAAGGACCUGCAAGCUACUCUUGCAAACAUUGAGAAAGUGCGGCCAUUCGAGGACCUUUCUGUGGAGGAUGUUGGAAACGCACAUCCUGAAAUCACCAAGGCUGUCGAGACUAUGAUCAAGAAGGGCAAAUGGACAGUACCUGGCUACAAGGAGAAGUUCGGCGACUUGUCUUUGAUGUAGACAAAAUGGUUUCUUUCUCUUAGAUGCCAAUAAAUUCUAAAAGCGUUAAACGCUACGCGUAAUUGUUGCAGGCACGAUGAACCUUGUGUCCGCUGUCUUCUCGAUCCUUGAUCGGCUGCCAACGAACAGCGGCUGUACGUCAAUUACGGUCGUGAUUAACACUAUUAAAUUAGUUUU